AAAUGUUCGCAUAUAUUUUGUACCGAACAUGGUUUAAUGUUAAUUAUGAAUGAUGACAAUGAUAUUUGUCCAGCGUGUGAUGUGUGUUUAAAUAAACCUGAAGGUGUUCUACGUGUUAAAUUAAAUCCAGAUGAAGUUACUAAAUCGGUAAUGUUGGCGGGUUUAACUCCUGAUGUAAUUAUGGAUGUUCUCACUAGGGGAUUAAGUUUUUGGGUAUAUCAAGUUAACGAACAGAACUUGUAUUUAGAAGCAGGUUUAAAAACCGCCAGCGAAAAUCUUACAGCUUUAGGUGAUUACUGUGAAAAGAAUUAUGUUCAAUAUAAAAAACAAACUGAUCGACUUAAUCGUAAAAUUCAAUCUUUGAAUGAGGAAUUGGAAGUGAAUAAGAAACAGUGCGAAGAUUUGAUUCAACAGUUGCAGGAAAAGACAAAAAUAAUAAAUCAGUUACAGUUAAAUAAAAUGAAAAAUAGUUAUUCAGCUACGAACAAUACUGCGCAAGUAAAAGAAACCUCUCCAAAUUAUUUUAAUCAAAAAUUAACGCCUCCUCAAAAUGCUGCAUUCACUGCAGAUUCAUUCAACGAAUAUAGAGUUCCAAAACAAGAACCACCCACACCAAUUUUUUCCAAUUUAACUCAAAGAGAAUCUUCAUCGCAAAAUUUUCCAAACUUUACACAAAAUUUUGAACUGGAAACAAAUCGUCCCGAGCAACCAAUCACACCAAAAUUAUGUACACCGAAUUUCUCCAAAACCAACAAAUCAAAUUCAUCGCAAAAUUUUGCAAACUUCACACAAAAUUUUGAACUAGAAACUAAUCGUCCCGAGCAACCAAUCACACCAAAAUUAUUUACACCGGAUUCCUCCAAAACUAACGAAUCAAAUGGCUAUUCAAUAUUUUCACCAAAAUUUGAAGAACCAGGAGCAUUUCCCUCAUUUUCGCCACAAAAUAAACAAGUCAAAUACAUUCCAUUCAAUGCAUCGCGAUUUAAUCGUAACGGUAUGAAGGUCCACUCUAAAAAAGAAUUCAAUUUCCAACCAAAGAAUUGA